AUGUCGGCCAAGCUUGUUUCUGUUCUUUUCAUGUUUGCUGCCUUUUUGGCAAUGGCUCGUGCUGCGUGCCAGUGCGAUGAUGCUGAUCAGGCGUGUGUCAGCAGAUGUGUCAAAGAUGCCGAAGGAUGUAUCACUGAUUGUAAAGGUGAUACCAAGUGUUAUGAAGGUUGCAUUGGGGAUAAAUGGCCCCAUGCCUCUGAUAGCAUUAUGCAAAUGAUGAGCACAAGUGCUAUGGCUUCUUCAGCUUCAUCAACGGCCGCUCCUACUUCAGCUGCCAAGGCUCAGUCAUCGGGUUCUUCUGCUUCCAUGACACAACAUUCAUCCUCUGCUUCUUCAAGUGAAACCGCAAGUGCAUCUCAUAGCAACGCCGCUUCCCCACUUUUACCCGGUGAUACACUUGGUUUCCUGGCAAUGAUGGCUGUCGGUGCCACGUGGCUCUUGGCCAACACAGCUUAA